AUACUUCAGUAUCACAAUGGGAAAAAGAUCAAAAUCAAACUUCCGCGCAUUCACGUGCAGUUCCAUUUCGCUGGGCAUGGCUAUUAUCGGCGUGUCUUGUAUAUAUACCAUAUCCGGGGAAAUUUAUGGUGGCGACAUUGAAAACAUUGUAAAUAUACCGUAUAUAGUGUCCCUCAGCUCUCCCAAAUUGACAACCUGGGAAGGAUUUUUUUGUGGCGGAUCAAUUAUUUCUCCCUCGUGGGUCCUUACAGCGGCUCAUUGCGCAAAGCAUGUGCAACCCGACGAACUGUUUGUUCGUGCAGGAUCACGGUUCAUGCACAAAGGAGGACAGGUUCGAAAUGUGACCAGAGUUAUCGUACAUGAGCUUUACAAUGGAGAGUCUCAAAAUGAUCGCGACAUCGCCCUCUUGGAAUUAGCCUCACCGUUGGUCAUGAGGAAAACCGUCCAAGAUAUAGAUCUGUACGAUUUCAAUGAUAAAUAUGCCACUGGUGAAAUGUGUAUGGUUGCUGGUUGGGGUAGAACGAGAUCAUCUAUAGGUGCCAUGAAACGUCUGCACAGCGUUAUGGUCCCGCUAGUGGAUUUUGAUGAGUGCAAGCAGAUUUUCGCCAAAGUUAGUCGGGUGAUUACCAAACAGAUGCUGUGCGCGGGAGUACGUAAAAAGGAUAGCUGUACGGGAGACUCCGGUGGACCGCUGGUAUGUAGAAACAAACUUGUUGGAGUCACUUCUUUUGGAUCCAAAUGUGGCGCUUCAUACGGAGUAUAUGUGAACGUUUCAACGGUUAGAGGUUGGAUUAUAUUUCAUUCGGGCAUCUAAGGGUGUUUAGAUUAGGAGCCAGAUACUUCACUAUCCUAGGCAAUCAAAAACCAAAAAACACUACCACUGAUAAAUAAAAUAAAAGGAUGCUGUGAAGUAUAGAUCAUGAUGUAGAAAAAUGAAACAAA